AGGAAGUGUGUGCUAUUGGUUGGUCCGAGCACGUGGCCUUCCCGUUUCAGUCCAAAAUAUUCACACAGCGCGUCAUGGCAGAGAAACUGGAUCUAAUCUCUAAGUGCAUUAGAACUUUCCAUGAUUUCCCUACAAAGGGGAUUCCAUUCAAGGAUAUUUGUCCGAUCUUGAAGGAUCCGAAGGCGCUGGCUGCAGUGACCGAUCUGUUCGAGGAGCACGUGAGGCGCACGUACCCUCAGGUGGAUCUUAUAGUCGGUCUUGACGCUCGAGGAUUUCUAUUUGGGCCGCUUUUGGCUCAGAGGUUAGGUGUAGGAUUUGCUCCAAUCCGAAAAAAAGGGAAGCUCCCUGGCCCAACGUUAUCAGUAGCUUAUAGUCUUGAGUAUGCGAAGGCCGAGGCGGAGAUUCAGGAAGACGCCGUUUCUGCGGGACAGAAGGUCCUGAUCGUUGAUGAUUUACUGGCUACUGGAGGAACCCUGUAUGCAGCGUGUGAGCUGAUCAAACAGCAGAAGGCAGAGGUGCUGGGCUGUUUGGUGGUGAUUGAACUGAAGUAUCUCAACGGAUCAGAGAAGCUGCAAUCAACCCCUGUGUUCUCUCUAAUACAGUACUGACAGUACUACUGCUUAUGUGGGGGGAGUCUGGUUUAUCUUAGCCAUCUGAAAUGAAUUAUAUGGUUUACGGUUCAGGAACAUGAAGAACUUCCAAUCAUGUUUUGAUGGUCUUAAUUCAACUUUGACAAAUAACCAGAAACUAAAAAAAAGAGACAGGCUUCAUAGGGAGUCACUUACUAAGUAGAAGCAAUCAGUAGCCAAAAAAAAAGAAAUCUAUAUAGUGUGAAUGUAAUCUUCAGUAAAGCCGUUUCAUAAACACUCUCCCUAGGCUUCAUGGGAUAGCAAAAUGUUUGUUGUAUGCACACUUUAGAAGUUGCCUCUAGCUGCUUAUGAAUACUCCAGACAUGCCGCUCUGCUUGCAUACUGUUUUUCACCUAUUAUACAAAAGUAAAUGUACCUGAUUUCAGACUCUUAAUCUUCCAGUUUGUGAAUAUGAAACAACGUUGCUUGCAUGAACUUGUUUAUUGUAAAUGAAUCAAUGCACAUUAACUCGAUGAACUUUACCGUUUAAGUUACCAAAGAAGCCAAACUUGUGUAGAACUACAUUGAACUGCCUUUAUACAAAUGACUUUUUACAUGUCUACAUUUAUGAACAAUAAUUGUGCUAAGAUGCAAAAAUCACAACAGAAACAGCAGUUAAAAACAGUGACCACCAGACUUGAAAGUUUUGGAAAAUGCAAAACAGACUGAACAAAUUAAAAAGUAAUAAUGUCAUCUAAAUGUUAAAAUCCAGGCAUAAUCUGUAAUAAAGUAUUGCACAUGGUAUUCUCUCGA